UCCUUUUUGUCUUAGAACUUCCUUCCUUCCAGUCAAACAAAUUGAACACCAUGCACACCAACAACAUUCCACACAGCUGGCUUCGGAUCUUGGGGUUGCUGUAUUUGGUAAUGGCUCUACUGUUAUCGGCUGGAGAUCAGGAUAGCAAUGGAGGAACUGCGACGAAAGCCUAUGACGGAGAAAAGCAGCAGCAGCAGCUGAUCGGAGGAGAAAUGGAUGGUGAUCGGAGUAAUGCGCAAAGGGGAUUCUUUUUCUCCAGCAAAAGACGAGUGCCCAAUGAAUCAGACCCUCUCCACAAUCGCUGAAUUCAAUUAAUUAGGGUUUGAUCAUCAUGAGAAACUUCUUGAAGCCCAAUUGGUGACAUCAUCAAUAAUAGAUAGGGUAAGGUUCUAUAUCUCUACUUAUGUGAGUGGGUGAAGAUUUGAUUAGAUGCCAUGUCUCAAAAAAGACACUCAUUAAGGUACAACGUGGCUUUCUGGAAACCAUUUACAGUUUUGUGAAGGUGAUGAUGUCCAGUGUUGCUACUGUGCCUUUUUAGUCUUUUUUCUUUUUUCUCCUAAUUUAACUGUUUCUGUCUUCACAUAUUUGAUGUGGAAUACAAAUUGGCAUUUAGACUUUUGUUUAAGCUAUGAAGCUGAUGUCCCAACUAAGACAAUAUCUGUAUAACUUGUAUAUAUAAUAAUCAAGAAGGCUUGCAUUUACAGCAUAAUACACUUUUGAGUUUGAGCAGAAAUGGAACUCGUAAUUCUUUGUAGCAUUAUACUUCUUCUUCUAUUAGUCUUUACAAUGCUAAGGAAAAUUGUAGUGAAUAAGCAAAGAUGUAAUAAGCCUCCAAGUCCACCAUCACUUCCAUUGAUAGGUCAUCUUCAUCUGCUUAAAGAGCCACUGAACCAAACUCUCCAAGCCCUCUCUGCCAAGUAUGGAGACAUAUUAUUGCUCCGGCUCGGUGUCCGGAAAGUUCUGCUCGUCACCUCUCCGGCUGCCGUCGAAGAAUGCUUCACCAAGAACGAUAUUGUUUUCGCCAACCGCCCCUCCACCCUGUCGACAAAACACUUCAGCUACAACUACACUACAAUCAGCAUAGCUCCCUACGGCGAUCAUUGGCGCAACCUACGCCGUCUUGCAGCAAUGGAGAUUUUCUUGCCUACGAGGAUCGCCAUUUUUACGAGCACGCGAAGGAAGGAGCUGCUCCUGCUGCUGAAUGAGCUUUCAUGUGAUUCGGAAAAGAAUUGUGGAUGGAUCAAGGUGGACUUGAAGUCUAAAUUCAUCGAGCUCGCUUUCAACGUGCUGUCGAUGACUAUUGCUGGGAAAAGGUACUAUGGAGACAACGUCGAGGAUGCAGAGGAGGCAAGAAGAGUCAGAUUCAUAAUGAGGGAGAUGCUUGAGUACAGCGGGAACACUAAUUUGGGCGACCUCUUGCCAAUUCUGCAGUGGGUGGAUUUCCAGGGCCUGGAAAAGAGAUUUGCUGCUUUGAUGGAAAAACUCGACAGAUUCUUACAGGAUUUGGUGAAUGAACGCCGCGGAGCCCUGUCGGAAACGACGAUGAUCGAUCGCUUGCUCUCGCUGCAAGAAGAUGAUCCUGGAUACUAUACAGAUGAGAUCAUCAAAGGAAUCAUACUGGUGCUGCUGGUUGCAGGAACAGAUACAAUGUCAAUAAGCAUGGAAUGGGCAAUGGCGCUGCUGCUCAACAACCCAGAAGCUAUGAAGAAGAUAAAAUCAGAAAUCGAUGCCCACGUGCCGGCGGAUCGUCUCUUGAGCGAGGAGGAUCUGCCGAAGCUGACGUAUCUUAACAAAGUGAUCGCCGAGACACUCCGGCUGUAUCCUCCGGUGCCGUUUCUGAUACCCCACGAAGCCUCCGGCGAUUGCAAGGUCGGAGGGUACGAUGUGGAGAAGGGGACUAUGCUGCUGGUCAAUAUAUGGGCGAUUCAUAGGGAUCCGAGGUUGUGGGAGGAGCCAGACAAGUUCUUGCCGGAGAGGCAUGGCGGGAGGGAAGAAGAGGGAUUCAUGCUCCCUUUUGGAUCCGGCCGCCGGAAAUGCCCCGGCGGCGGGAUCGCCACCAGGGUGCUGGGGUUGACACUGGGGACGAUGAUUCAGGUGUUGGAGUGGGAAAGAGUGAGUGAUGAAUUGGUGGAUAUGACUGAAGGGACAGGGUUUAGUAUCCCUAAGGUUCUGCCAUUAGAGGCUCUUUGCAAGCCAAGAAUCUUGGAGUUUGCCAUUGAGAGAGACUGUUAGUUGCAGGUGUGUUAAUUCUUCAGCCAUGUCCGUACAGGGAACGUAUGAGUUGUUGUAUAAUGUUGCUUUUAUUUCAAUUCGGAAACUUUGGAGCAGUGAGUUUGAGUUGAAUGCCGCUGCUCAAUGGGCU